AUGAGUUCGUCAUUAACGGCUAACGUGGCUAUCCUAACGACUGCAAAAGUGAAAGAUACUGGCGCAUGCUUUAUAUCUGCAGCCAAGAAAGACACAGGUUUUAAACUGAUCAGCCGUAUGGAAAUUUUCCCCAACGCAAGCGUACUUGCUACUGUGCAAAACUCCUCGGAACAUAAACUUUUCAAUAAUUCCGAGAGCGGCCAAGAACUUUAUGAAGACAAGGAGACUGCCACUCUAUGGCAACCUAUCGGUGGAUUUCUGACGCGGAAGAACCGUGCUCCGACCGCGACAGCUGGUGUGCUAGUUUUGGCCAAGUUUACGUGCAUCGAGAACGAAAAAGCAGUUCAAAAUCUUGUCAAAGUGUUGCAAACAUACUGCGACUGGGUUGAAAGCAAUGAACUCACGACAUAUACAUAUUGCGUAAUGACAAGUCAAACGGCAAGUAAGGAAGUCUUGCUCUUUGAGCGUUAUAUGGAUCUUCCCUCUGUCAAGACCCAUGGUCAAACAAAAGAAUUUAAAUCUAUGUCUGAAACGCGAGCAGAAGCACUCUAUAAAUGA